GAAGUCACGAUCGAACAGAAGAGACCGCAUCAAAAUGAAGACUUUCGUGCUGCUCGCUAUGAUGGCCCUGGCCAGCGUGGCGUAUUCUGCCUCCGUAUCUAGGGGGUCCUCAAAAGCCUCACGUGACCUUCUGAUCUGCGCCUUCAACAUCAAGACCUUCGGGAAAUCCAAAAUGGCUGACGAAGAGUUGGCAGAAUAUAUCAAACAGAUAGUUCUGCGUUAUGACAUCAUACUGAUUCAGGAAAUCCGAGACGUUAGCGGAGAGGCGAUCCAACAACUGUGGUCAAUGGUUAACACCACCAUGCCUUACGGUAUGACCAUCAGUGAACGAUUGGGUCGAUCCUCAUACAAAGAGCAAUACGCAUACUUCUACAGGUUGUCUAGCCUUCAAUUAGUCGGAACCCAUCAAUAUGACGACGGACCCGAUGACUACAGUGACGAUUUUGAGAGGGAACCAUACAGUGUUCUUUUUCAACCUAUAGGCGGAUCCGCAGGGGAUGCUUUCGUGGUUACGGGAAUCCACGCCAAACCUGCUGAUGCUGUGGCUGAGAUCGGUUUUCUGGAAAAUGUAUACUAUGAUGUCUACAACCACUGGAGAAUAUCGAAUGUGGUUGUGAUGGGGGAUUUCAAUGCUGAUUGCUCCUAUGCUUCGGAGGCAAAACUGUCCGGUAAAACGUUCUAUUCCGACCCUAAAUUUCACUGGUUAAUCGAUUGGGACGCUGACACCACCACCUCCUCCACAGACUGCGCUUACGACAGAAUCGUGGUGACCGGAAGCAGAAUGGUGGCGUCUGUAAUCCCUUCCACUGCCGAUGUUUUCCGAUUUGAUUUAGCAUUAAAUCUCAAUUAUGAUCGGGCUUACGAUCUAAGUGACCACUACCCAGUGGAGGUCAGACUGAGCUGGUAAAUCACACAACCCACACUGGCAACCAAUAAACGUAUUUCAAAUUGCAA